AUGAGUAAUCUAUAUUGUCUUCAGGCCGUUUUACAGGGUGUUUACUAUGAAAAUGGAUCAUUUGAUAAUUUGGAGGUGAAAAGUGUGGUUUUAAAAUGUUCGCCGAGCCAAAAAACAAUUAAUUUCAAAAUUGAUGGACUUAAAAGUAGUGGGAAAUUGAUUGUUUUGAAUGAAAUCCCGGAGAAAAUAGAUGUCAUUGUGGAAUUGAGCGAUGGAAAUUUCAAAAAAUCGGAUAUUCAGCUGGAUAUCAGCAAACUUUUCCAGGUAAUUUUCAUUUUUUAUUUAAAUUAAAAAAAUUUAAAUGCCAGAUUUUAUUUAAAUUUCUCAUGUUUUUUUCAAUAUGCUACGGAAAAUUGUAGCUCAAAUUUUUGCGAUUUUUUGCCUGAUUUUUAAUUAAAAUUUUAAAGAAUAAGUCAUCAAAAUUUUUUCAAUUUGCCUCAAAUUUCAUUGUAUUCUUUUCUUUCCAUCUCCAACUCCCUCCCAGUGAUACUAGCCUUGCUUUCAGACCCUAAGAUACGACUUAUCUUUCGGCUCAUUUCGCCUCCGAUUAAUCGUAAAAACCGAAAUUUUGACGCCUCGAAAAAUCGAAAAAGCCGAUGUCUCCACACAAACUGAUAACGGAAUUAACAGCGAACAGGAAUGCCAGGUAAUUUGAACUUUUCAAUUCGAAAGUGUUUAGACCGAUAAUUCCCAAACAAGCGAUAAGAGCACUGGGAUGGACACGACAGUUGAUCAUGUCCUUACGCAAACAGAUAAGGAGCAACUGAAUGAGGAGAAGAAAAAGUUCUUGGCCAAAAUUGUGGCCAUUUUAUUCCGACGAAUGUAUUUGCGGAUUGUGAAAAGAAAUUUGGAAAGGAGGAGGAAUAGUAAGCAUCAAAAUUUUAUCAAAAGUUUCCAUCAAAAUUUCAUCAAAACUUUUCCUUAUUUAGCCCAUGCAAAGAACGUGAUAACUGACUUUUCCCUUCCUACGGAUAUGACCAGAAACAAACUUGACUAUCUCAUAUCUACUGUGCAAUUAAGAGACAUGAAAGUGCGUCUAAAAGAGCUUGCUCAGCAACAUAAGGAGCUAACAAAUCGAAAAGUAAAGACCAAAAUAAAACGAUCGCCGAAGAAACAGCUGAAGAAUUCUUAUACUCAGACAUCGUUGCCUACAAGGACCAAAGAAGUCCAAACUGAAGUUGAGAAGAGCUCAAAGAACGAGAAAAGAAAAAAUGAUGAAAAAGUUGAAGAAAGCGACGAUGACAUAACACCAAGAGCUGGGGAAAAUGAUAAGGUUGCAGUCUCAUCAAGAAGUUCAAAGAGUUCAAAGUCAGAGGGGAAAUCGGAAGAGUACAAGACACCUGAAGAAGGAUCGAAUUCGGGGAGCGAGUCUGACGGUAAGUUGGAAGAGAAAUUUCCCCCGAAAUCAUGUACAGGGUGCGGCAAUUUUUCGGCCCUAUUUGAGUUCGCUAUAACUUUUUUAGGUUUUGUCCAAAUGUUUAAUUUCUUUUUUCCCUGAAUCCUUAGACGUCCCCAUUUUUUUAAUACCAAAUAUGUUAUACCCAUUUAUUAGACUACAGUAAAAGUUGAAGACAAAGAAAAAGCUCUAAUUUUUAUGGCUGACAAGGGAAUUACCCUUCGCGCGACUCUCAGAUUUUCUUUAAAUUUUACACAUGAGCCGGACAUAGGCCAUAUAUCAAUUCCUGAAAGUCUCAGCCCGCGUCUUUCAGGGGCGGCCAAGAUAUUCGACGAUCUUUGCGGUCAGGAGGGUACCUGAGUGGUUAUACAUAAAAACUUUCUUUUUUUGCAGAGAGCAUCUCCAGAACCGCCUCAUCAUCCUCCCAAUCAGAAUCCUCGGCUUCCUCGUCUCCAGAGACGGUCCGAACUUCUGGAAGGAGCAGCAAAUCGACUGGCUCUUCAAUUCACACCGAGAUCAACUCGAAUUCAGGCCGGAGUUAUUUGGAGAGCGUCGCCAGCUCAUCCUCAUCCUCUGGGUAGGAUUAAAUCGAGUUUGGUUUUUCUGUAUUUUACCAUUUUUUGAAAAAAAUUAAUGAUUAAAAUUUUUCAGAGGGCUCUCUCCAACAUCAGCGUAUCUUCAGAAGCUCCGAAAAGACGUUUUAAAAAGUCGGACUUGA